GGCCGUGCCCAUUCCCUGGGGAGCCUGGGCAGUGCCAGCACCUUUGGGGGAAGAACCUUUCCUGAUCUCCAGCCUGACCUGGGUUAACCUGAUGCCAUUCCCUCAGGACGGAGCAGAGCCUGGAGCUGCCCCUCAGGAGGAGCUGCAAUCCCCGGGUCCCAAUUUUCUAUGUGCCUUUCUGAAUCUCUCUGUCCUCAAGAUGUCUCACCACAUGAACAGCUCCACGCUGCCGACCUCGCAUCCUCCUGAGCAUCAUCACCCCUCCACCACAGCCUCGGGACACGGCCAUGACAUGAUGAUGAUGGCCAUGACUUUCCACUUCAGCUGUAAGAAUGUGCCAUUGCUCUUCUCUGGACUUACAAUCAAUUCUCCUGGAGAAAUGGCUGGUGCUUUUGUGGCUGUCUUCUUCCUGGCCAUGUUUUAUGAAGGCCUUAAGAUUGCCCGGGAGUGUCUGCUCCGUAAAUCCCAAGUCAGCAUCCGCUAUAACUCCAUGCCAGUGCCCGGCCCCAAUGGCACCAUCCUGAUGGAGACACACAAAACCGUGGGCCAGCAGAUGCUGAGCUUGCCCCACCUGCUUCAGACUGUGCUGCACAUCAUCCAGGUGGUGGUCAGCUACUUCCUCAUGCUGAUCUUCAUGACCUACAACGGGUACCUGUGCAUCGCCGUGGCUGCGGGAGCGGGCACCGGGUACUUCUUCUUCAGCUGGAAAAAGGCAGUGGUGGUGGACAUCACAGAGCACUGCCAUUAACACGGGAUGUGCCACAGGCCUCUCCACCCCCCUGCUCCCUGCCAGCACAGCCACCUGAGGACUGGAGCAUUCCUAAGCUGCCAAGAGAAUCAUGAUAAAGAAAAUCAACUGAAGUUCACUACAGGUUCCUGGAGGGGUGAGGGAUGUGAGGAGCUGGGACACGCUGCUCCCCUUGACUCCUGAGAGUCCAUGGCAGCCAUUCUUGGCCAGGAUUUGCUUUAUUCUUAGAUUAUGCUGUGAUUGAGAUUAGUUGGCUGACAGAACUGUAGAAAUUAUUUUAAAAAGAAAACAAAACCGUUUUAUUUUUAAAUUGUAAAUGCUCAUCAGUGAGGGUUUAAUGAACAGUAGGAAAAGAUCAGUUGCCAAUUAUGUGUGAAUGGCUGUUUUAAUUUUGAUUUUUUUUCAAUGUGUACAUAAUGCCACGGGAGGAGUUUCCCCUGGCAUUGUGGCUUUUGGGGCCAAUGACACCUUUUGCUGUAGGACUCAGCCUCUGAGGAAGAUUUGGUGCUGCACAUCAGACAUACUCAGGUGUGUUUGGCAAGGGAGGACUUUGACCCAAGGACGUGAGCUGUAUGCUUCAGGGAUUGGAUGAACCUGCCCUCCAAGCCCACCAGAGAAUGAUGAGUGUUGUUUGUCUGACGUAUCCAGCAGCUUUACUCAGCCUCCAGGGAGGGCACUUGAGUUAGGCUGCUUUCCCUUCCCAAUUAUGGAACAGAUAAUAGUUCUGUAUUUACAGGGCAAAAAGAUUCCCAAUAAACCAUUGAAUCCACAGGUACUUCAUGUGGAGCUGCACCUGGAUGGAACUAGAGCUAAGCUUUGGGUUACUAGGACUGGUUCUGUAAAUGAGGCAAGAGCUAAAUAAUGAUUUCAUGACACUAAAGUUAAAAUGGCUGGAGGGUAUUCCUGGCUGGAGAUGAAGGGGAAAAACAACCAUGUUCCUGUAAAGGAGAGAUUUGGGGAAGAGGAGGAGGAAAAUACAGGACUACAGCAGCCCUCAGUGUCUUCUCAGGUGAAAUUUGGAGCAGCGUGGGCUGAUCAGAAAGUAUUCCUGACCCAGAUUAUCUUUGUCUUGAUAAUCACAGUGUGCCCAUGCUGGAGGUGCAGGUUCUCAGUGCAGUGGGGUCAGUGAAGAACUCAGUGCUGUGAGCUGUGCCCAGGCAGGACAGGCUGUGAGGGGGCAGAACCACCCUCCUGCCUGUCUGGUGCCAGGCCAGGCUUGGGGAGCAGCUCUGGUUUAGCACCUGGAUGUUAAAAAGGUUGUGCAGAGCUGAAGGUGGUUGUGCAAAGCUGGAGUCUUCCCUCUACCCAGAUUGUCCAGUUUGUGCCUGUAACUGGCUGGCAGAGAAGACAGUGGGAAUUUGGGAAAGUCACUGAGAACAGGCACCACUUCCAGACUGGGACUGGUGGCUGGGACAUGCCAUGAGAACAGGGAGUCCUGUGUGGGCUAAAGCCUCUGGGCACACACAGGAAGGUGUUUUUUUUUUUUUUUUUCCCUGAAUAUGCUGCUGGUGACUUCUGGCAGCAGCUGUGUGAGGAAAGCUGAUCUUUGGAAUGAGAAUUUUUAGGCCCUGAGCCUUGGGGAGUGAAGCCAUCCCUGUGUACCUGGUGCUCCACGGUGCUGGUGCUGCUGUCCCUGCACAGAGCCCACCCUCCCCUUGUGUAAGGAAAUCCAGAACUGCUGCUACCAGGGCUUGGAUUGCACCUCCUGGGCUGGUGCCAGGUGUUUACUUGGACAUCUUGUUUUCUCUGGACAGUGCAACUAGAGAAUAAAAGGAGCUGAGUUAAACGCAGGCUUAGGUUCCUAUAUAGCUGCUUUCUGUAGCAAAUUCGUAUCUGGAUGAGAGGCAAAGUUAUUUUUGUGGAAAAGUUCUAGCCAUGUCCUGCUGAGAGACAGGAAAAGUGCUUCCUUCCCCAGUCUGAUCUUUGAAGGGAGUUCUGUCUGUGACAGAAGCUGCUGGUGCCCUCUCUGCACGUGUCACAAGGGUAAAACUCUGCUGUGCCCUGCAGACAAUCAUGGGAGGGGACACUGACCCUCCCCACCCCUGGAGCGCUGGGAGGAAUGUUGGUGUGGGCAGAGAAAAUGGACAAUCCCUUCCCACUGCUACUGGAACUGAGAGGAAAUCUGUCUGUCAGAGAGAACUGGAGAUGGUGGUUGAUGUGGGAGGUUGGCACUGCAGGGCUUGACCCCUGAAGGAGCUCAGGGGGACACUGCCACUGCUGCCAUUGGUUUUUCUGGAAGGGGCUGGAAUUGUUGCCAUCACAAUCACAGGCUGGAGUGAGGAGUGGCUGCGUGGUGACACUGGUCACCUCAUAUACCUCUUGCUGUGUCUUUCUUUGGCCUGAUCUUGCUGUCACCUUUUAGCCACUUUUCUGUGUAUCCAAGUGGCCAGACUUGAAUUCUCUGGGGAUGACUUGGAGAUCAGGCUGUGGCUCAUGCAGUGUCACUCUGGUUCUUGUUAAGCUUUUCUGCCUCGUUCUGCUUGUACCACCUGUGCCCCUGGAAUUGUUUUCUCCCAGAAUGAGCUUCCCUGCUGCCCAGAGAGGGCACACAGCUUCUCCAGCGUGCACAGGGAGGGGACACUGCCCUGGCAGGGCUCACCUGGGCUCGAGUCUCAGGUGCCCCAGCAGCUCCCACAGCCUGCACGAGGGUGGUGUGGGCACCCUGGGCUCCCAGGGAAGGUGAGAGGGGAAGGAGCUGAGAAGAGCAGGGCGAGGCUGUGUCCCCUGUGCCCCGAGCUCCUGGGGCACAGCUGGGGAUGAGGCGUGUCCAGGCUGCUCCUCCUGCCGUGGCUUUUCCUAGUUCAGUGUGACAAUCCAGAGGAGCCAUCCACCGUCCCUGUCCCGGCCUCCCGCUGCCACCAGAUGCCAGCACGGUGUGCUCUCAGCCGGACUGCAGCGUGCAGAGCCUGAGCAAAGCCUGAGCAAAGCCUGAGCUCCCUGCGGGCGGGAUCGCAGCUCCGGGGCAGCCCCAGCCCCUCUGCUGAAUUUAGAGCUGUCCGGGUAGCACGGGGGAGGAGGGCUGGAAGGGCCUGUGUGGACAGACAUGCAGCAUGCUGGGCUGUGCUGUCCUGCUCGGGGUGACAUCCUGUGCCUGUCUCUGUGCCCUGUGUGCUCUGCACACGCUGAGCCUCCACAUUCUCAUUGAGGAGGGAGCUCAGAGCAUCCAGGCCCUGUCCCUCCGAGGGCUUUUGUUGCUUUUUUUGAGUGCCUUUUGAGUUUGUCUGGAGCCAGUCCCACCCAAUCCAGCAGGAUUUCUAGUUUUGUUUACAGUGGACUGUCAGUUCUGUUUUUACUCUUGCUCUUUGUGGUGGUAACUUGUCUGAUGUUACUGUGAAUAUCAAGAAUCUCCUGUACAUAAUUAACCAAUAAAAUAGAUUGCAUUUUA